CGGUGCAUGCCGCGCAACCACCCAGACGGCUGGUAGAGAGAUGCCCAAUUCUUUCAAGGAGGAGGCCCACGGAAAGAGCCCACCUUUCCACUCCCAUGGCACCGGGCAGGUCUCGAACCUAUACGCUCCAUCACCCCACUGGAGCGCAAGGCGCAGACUUUCUUUUCUGUAGUGCGCCCUCCAUCGCCCUGCUAACGUGGAGGAAAACGGAGCAGAAGGCAGAGGGAGGGAGACACGGGGAGCGCCGUGGACAGCUUCAUCUCGUUAUCAUCGCAUUUUCCAGCGCGGAGGAGGAGGAAGUAACAUAACAACGGCAGCGAGAGGUGGGCCAAUAGCCGUAGAAGGAGUAGACACAAGAACAGCUGGAAAUGAGAGGGAAAUAAAUAAACAAUACAAAGGAGAGAAGACCAAGGAGAAAGAAUGAAGGAGCAGUAGAAACCACCAGAGGUUGAAAAAUAAGAAGUUGGUGUGGGGAAAGUAAGAGAAGAUAACAAAUAGAACUAGACAACAAUAGCAACACACUUCAGUAGCUGACAUUGCAAAGGUUCCAGCUCCACAUCUGCACCUGAGGAGCCAUGGGGUCGUCUUCAGAGGAUGACGGGAGCCUGGUGGUGAAGGAGGAGAACAUGGGGGAGGAUGGGAUGGACGAGGACAUGGACCCCUGGGAUGAUCACCCGCGGCGCUCCGCCUUCUCCCCCUACAGACCUGUGACUGUGUUGACCAACCUACAACGUGGCAACAUCCAGACCCAGACCAGCCAGGCCGAACCAGAUGACUUCACCCUCCACAACCGAGCAGCCAUGGGUGAACUCUCAGCACAGGACUUGAGAGAGGUCGAGGUGGAUGAGGUGGAUGGGCAUGGGUUCACACCGCUGAUGUGGGCGUCUCACUACGGCCAGCUGCCCACUGCUCGGCUCCUGCUGCAGCACCGAGCCAAGGCUGACAUUGAGGGUGAGGACGGGGAGACGGCCCUCCUCUUGGCAGCCAGCAACGGCCACCACGAGAUAGUGAAGCUCCUCAUAGGCUGUGGUGCCGACCCCUGCCACACCGACCAUCUGGGCAACACGGGCCUCAUGUUUGCAGCACACGGGGGCCACUCCCACACGGCCCAUGAGCUGCUGGAACAUGGCGCCGACCCCACCGCCUCAAACCUCUCCGGGGCCUCAGCGUUCAGCAUCGCCGUCGCCCGGGGCAGCAAGCAAGUUCAACUCAUACUGGAGAGAAGUUUGCUGAAGUUGCUCGAGCCUUCCUAGUUUUAAGUAUCUACAAUAAGUAUGAAAAGGUAAAAAUGGUGUGAAUGUAGUUUUUGUCAUAGUCUUGAAACACUUUGAUCUUACUUGUUUUUCUGUGUAGAGAACCUUAGUCUUAUUUUCUUUUAUUGGAGUUAUACCUGAAGAAGAAACAAGGAUGAAGACGUAAAAGGUAUGAGGUCAGUGUUAAAGCCUCUGAUCUUGCUAAUGUUUAUAGAUGACCUGAGUUUCUUAUUUUCCCUUAUUAGACAUGAGGGAAAACCAACAGUAAAGAGACAUAAGGGUAUUAAUGUAGCUUAAACUUAAUCUUCAAGGCUCUGAUUUUACUAAUGUUGUAUAUAAAUAACCUGAGUUCUAUUUUUCUAUUAGAUUGACUUAUACUUAGAGGUAAGGCACUGUGUAUAGACUGCUGCUGUCCAUGAUGGAGUGAAGGUCUGUUGAGUGCUCCAAGAGGUAAAUGUAAGUCCUUCUCUUGAGGGCUGCCAUGAGCCUGAGGGAGGUGUUGUGGUGAACGGUUACAGGGUUAAGUUUAUGGCACUGGUAUAGACUUGAUUAAUAUUUUGAUGCAUAUAAAUUGUAGUACUUAGGUAUAUUAUUUUUUUCUUGUCGAGUGCUACUAACUUGUAAUGAUUUUUUUUUUUUUUAGAGAACUGGUGCUUUGGAUAUAUAGAUAAAUUGUAUUAUUAUUAUUAUUAGUAGUAGUAGUAGUAGUAUUUUUAUUUUUAUUUUUAUUAUUAUUAUUAUUAUUUUUAUUAUUAUUAUUAUUACAUAUGGAUAAUUAUGUAUACCCUAUUUAUGAGUUAGGUGGUUAAAUGAUUGGUUACUUUCUCCAAUGAGUCUUCAAUUUUCUUUAACCAAAUUUCAUCACACUUUGAAGUGUCUAUACUUUUAUACAUAUUGCUACACAUACUAAAUUUCAUAGAUAUUUAUUGCUACAUAUACCAAAUUUUAUGCAUAUAUAUUGCUAUACACACACUAAUUUGGACACAUUAAUUGAAACAUAAAUUAUACAUGUAGUUUGCUUCAUGUAACAAAUUUUAUGAGUUCCACUGAAGUAUUGUUUUGUUGAUUUGUGUUGGAUGGGAGUUCAGCUUUUGAGCUUCUGUCAUUGAGGUGAGUCUUUUCUCUUUAUCAGGCUGAGAUAUACCUUCGGAAAAUCCCUCUGGCUCUUACACAUUUGGAUAAAUGGAUAUAAAUGAGCAUGCCAAAUUUAUGAAGUAGCUGAGAGUAGGUGUUUAGUGGAUUUGUUUUUGGUGAAUAUAAACAGUGAUGCCAAAUUUAUGAGGUAGGUAAGAAUAUAUAUUUCAUUUAUUUCUUAUUUGAUACAUUAAACAGUUAUUUCAUAUUUAUGAGGUAGGUAAGAAUAGAUAUUUGAUGUUAUUUCAAAUUUAUGAGGUAUGGAAGAAUAAUUUGACUUCUAAUUCCUACAUUUGUACAGGUAUGCCAAAUUUUUGAGGUGGGUAGAAUAUAUAUUUGAUUUAUUUCUCACUGAUACAGUUAGACAGUUAUGCCUAAUUUAUGCCUAAUUUAUGAGGUAGGUAAGAGUAGAUGUUCAAUUUAUUUCUUUAUUAUACUACAUAUGAACAGUUUUGCCAAAUUUAUGAGGUAUGUGUAAGUAUAUUCAAUUUAAUUUCUUUUUAUAGAUAUGGACAGUUAUACCAACUUUGAGGUGGGUCAAAAGUAACUAAUUUCUUUUUUAUGAAUAUUGAGUUUGAUUUCUUUUGAAUGUGGAGUAAUGCCAAAUUUAUGAGGUAUAUAAUAAUAGAUGUUUGAUAUAGCUUUAUUUGAUACAUAUGAACAAUUUUUGCCAGAUUUAUGAGUAUGUUUAUUGAUAUAUUUUACUUGAUUGAUGCAUAUGAACAAUUGUGCCAGAUUUAUGAGUAUGUUUAUAUAGAUGUUUAAUUGAUUUCUCUUUGAUAUAUAUGAAUCAUUAUGCUAAACUUGUGAAGUGGGAAAGACUACAUAAUUAAUUGAUUUUUUUAUGAAGAGAGAUAAUCAAUAGGUUUAAGAUCUUUAGCAUUAAGCCAUUUUAAAAGUGACAACAUGCACUAAAGAAGUACACAUAGUUUAAGCUUAACAUUUAGCUAGCAAUUGUGUGUGAUGAUGUUUUUAACCAAUGAGUAAUAUUAAUGCACAUAUACAAGGCUGCUGCUCUAUAACUUUCUCUAUUUUUGUAUGAGUGUGUGUGUGUGUGUGUGUGUGUGUGUGUGUGUGUGUCAUUAUUCAGCGAAGAAAGCUAAUAUUUACACUUAAGGUUGAUAGGGGUAAAAUGCUCCCCCCUUAUGAUGUGUAUAUACUGAUAGUGUUAAGUGUGUGUGUAAAUAUGUGCCAAGAUUGAAGUAAUUAUAUACCCUUGAAUCACCGUGCUA